CAUCGUCAAGAUCUUCGAGUUUGCGUACGACUCGCAGCAGAUGGUCAUCGUGCUGGAGCGGCUCCACGGCGGCGACUGCGGCGGCCUCCUGAGGAGGCACGGGCCGCUGGCGGAGGCGGCCGCCGCGCGCCUCCUGCGCCAGGUGCUCUCCGCGGCGGCGUACUGCCACGCGCAGCGCAUCGUGCACCGCGACAUCCAGAGAACGUGAUGGUCGGAAGGGGGAAGGAGCCGCGCUCCUGGCAGUUCCAGGCGCCGCUGGAUUGCAAGGUCAUCGACUUCGGGCUCGCGGCGCUCGACGGGGCCGCCCGCCGGGGGGACAUCUCGGGCACUCCGGCGUACAUGGCCCCGGAGGUGUCGGCUGCACGUACGUGUAACCUCUCGCUGGGCUGACCUUCGGUGCGGGUCCACUGGGGCUUGG